CUGUCUGUUCAUGUGUCCGAGUGGCUACAUGGAGGUGGGUAACAAGACUAACGCGACGUGCCAGCCGUGCCCGCGGUCCGGCUGCGUGCGCGAGUGCCUCGGCGGGAAGAUCGACUCGGUCGCCACCGCGGAGCAGUUCCGGGGCUGCACGCACAUUAAGGGCAAAAUGGAAUUCACGCUUCGCUCCAGCGGAGGUAAGACGCUAUCAUUGUUGGAAUCAGCGCUGGGCGAAAUAAGGGAGAUCCACGGAUGUCUGCAAGUGACGCGGUCGUAUCCUUUAGUGUCGUUGAUGUUUUUGAAGAAACUCAGGAAAAUUAUCGCGAAUCCUUCAGAAGAUAAAGGGGAAGCUCUGCAUAUAAUAAACAACGAGAAUCUAGAGCUGCUAUGGGACUGGUCCACUUACGGACCUAUAGAGAUAAUCGGUAGCUGCUACAUACAUUCGAAUCCCAAGCUGUGCUACACUCAACUGAUGCCGCUUAUGAAUAUGUCGUAUCCGAAAACGAAUUUUACCGAACUAGAAGUGUCCCAAGACAGCAACGGGUAUCAGGCAUCUUGUCUCCCGGACGUCCUGAAGCUGAGCGUGUCGGAGUUAACGCAAAUCGCAGUGGUACUGACUUGGGAUGUGUACUGUCCCGACGACAUGCGCAAGCUGCUCGGAUACUCGCUGUACUUUAUGGCCACCGAGAAGAACGUAACUCUGUACGAUCAACGCGAUGCCUGCUCUGAUAUAUGGAAAGUACUCGACAAGCCAAUAGAGGAGACUCGUAAAGUGAACCGCAACGCGAAGCCCUCUCACGCCAGGAACAAAACGGAGGUUAUAUUCAAUCCGUGCGCCGACAUGCAGCCGCUGUUCUAUCCCAUCACCCAGCUGAGGCCAUACACCAGAUACGCGGCCUACGUGAAGACCUACACCACGAUACAGGACAGGAAGGGGGCCCAGAGCUCGAUCAUUUACUUCAGGACCUUGCCGAUGCAACCGAGUCCACCCACCGCGGUCACUGUGGAGCUGUUGACGCCGCAUUCGAUCUUCAUAAAAUGGUCACCGCCGACGAUGCCGAACGGUACGAUCAUACUGUACCACGUGGAAGUGCAGGCCAACAGCUACAACAGGCCGCAGAUACUUGCCGGCAACAUCAAUUAUUGUGGCAAUCCGAGCAUCUUGGCUAACAUGAUCAAAGCUAGUUUAGAAGAAGCGCCCGAAACUCCAGAGGAGAAAAUCACCGGCGACGUGAAAAAUGGUGUUUGCGCUUGCAAAGAGGAAGCCAAACCGAGUCUGAGGUUCAGCACUCGCGCCGAGGAGGAGAGGGUCGACAGCAUCAAUUUCGAGAACGAGUUGCAAAAUCAGGUUUACAGGAAAUCCGAACGAGUGAACCCGAAAAUACACAAGUCUAUCGACGGAACGAGCAAAGUGAAAAGGUCGGUCGACCACAGCCUCACCAGCAUGCUCGUCAAACUGACCGAGAACAACAGCCCGAGACCCGGCCUCAACUACUCCAACAUCACGGACGACGAAGGUUACGUGAAAUCUUUAUACUACGAAUUGGACGGCUCGACUCGGACGUUGACCGUGAAGAACAUGCGUCACUUCACCUGGUACACCGUGAACAUAUGGGCGUGUCGCAACAAGGACUUGAACGAAACCGAUCCGGUCUACGCCGAGAACUGGUGCUCGGUUCGCGCUUAUAACACGUUCCGCACCUUAGAACUGCCAAACGCAGACGUUGUGAGUAACUUCCAAGUGGAGAUAAUGCCGGCUAACAAGACCUUGCCCGAAGUGAACGUCACGUGGGAGCCUCCCCUCAAUCCGAACGGUUUUGUGGUCGCGUACAACGUACAUUACUCACGAAUCGAGGACAGUGCGCAGGGCCCGGAUGUAGGCUUACAGAGUUGUAUAACAGUAGACGACUACGAAGCGAACGGGCACGGCUACGUGCUCAAGACCCUAUCUCCGGGCAACUACAGCGUCAAGGUCACACCGGUCACCGUCAGCGGAGCAGGAAACGUUUCCGAAGAAAUCUACGUAUUUAUACCGGAGCGAGUAUCGGAGAGCGGGCACGCGUGGGCGUGGGGCGUGGGGGCGGGCGGCGUGGUGCUGGCGCUGCUGGUGGGCGCGGCCGUGUGGUACGCGCGCCGCGGCCUCAUGUCCCACGCCGAGGCGAGCAAGCUCUUCGCCAGCGUCAACCCGGAGUACGUGCCCACUGUCUACGUGCCCGACGAAUGGGAGGUCACACGCGACAGCAUACACUUCAUCCGAGAACUCGGACAGGGAUCGUUUGGCAUGGUGUAUGAAGGGAUCGCCAAGGAAAUCGUGAAAGGGAAACCGGAAACGCGCUGCGCCAUCAAAACCGUUAACGAGCACGCGACAGACAGGGAGCGCAUCGAGUUCCUGAACGAGGCGUCGGUGAUGAAGGCGUUUGACACGUUCCACGUGGUGCGGCUGCUGGGCGUGGUCUCCCGCGGCCAGCCGACCCUCGUCGUGAUGGAGCUCAUGGAGCGCGGCGACCUCAAGACGUAUCUGCGCUCCAUGCGACCCGACGCCGAGGGCUCGCUGCCCUCCAGCCCGCCCGUGCCGCCCACGCUGCAGAACAUCUUGCAGAUGGCCAUAGAAAUAGCCGACGGGAUGGCAUAUUUGUCGGCAAAAAAAUUCGUGCACCGCGACUUAGCGGCGCGCAACUGUAUGGUCGCCGGCGACCUCACCGUCAAAGUUGGGGACUUCGGCAUGACCAGAGAUAUUUAUGAGACUGAUUAUUAUAGGAAAGGCACCAAAGGCCUAAUGCCGGUGCGGUGGAUGAGCCCCGAAAGCUUAAAAGACGGGGUCUUUUCCAGUAGCAGUGACGCUUGGAGCUACGGGGUUGUUUUGUGGGAGAUGGCAACGCUCGCGAUGCAACCCUAUCAGGGGUUGUCGAACGAGCAGGUGCUGCGGUACGUGGUGGAGGGCGGCGUGAUGGAGCGGCCGGAGCAGUGCCCGGACCGGCUGUACGAGCUCAUGCGCGCGUGCUGGACGCACCGCCCCUCCGCGCGCCCCACCUUCCUGCAGCUGGUGGCCGACCUGGUGCCGCACGCCAUGCCCUACUUCCGCCACCGCAGCUUCUUCCACUCGCCGCAGGGCCAGGAGUUGUACGCUCUCCAGCGAUCUGCGCUAGAUGAGGAACAAGAGCUCCCGGAGGUGGAUGUGGGUGCGGUGGCGACGGGCUCCGUGUCGAACCUGUUCGGUGUGUCGGGGCGGCUCGCGUCCUGGGUGCGGGAGCUGUCCUCUCUGCGGUCCCGGGGCUCCGACGACGCGGCGGCCGAGCCUCUGCAGCCCCUCCCUCCGCCCGGCACCUCCCCCGCCCCCAUACUCGCACCCGCACCGGCCAUCAAGGGACCCAACGGCGUACUGCGCGACUCGCACUCUGCCCGUUUUCGAAACCACUGAUACCCGAAUCGAGCGAAACUCCUCCCACCUGUAAACGAACAUGCGUACCCUUAGCCCGAAACAAUGUCCCUACGUAUAUAUGACGAUCCUGGGACUGCGUAAGGGUACAGCGCGAUGGUGGCGGAGUCGCGCCGGAAGGGGGGUAGGUGUAGGCAGCCGCGCGCGUGCUUCCGCGAAACCUCUAUCUACCUCAGGUCGGACGUCUCGGCGCCCGACUCAUCGAAUCAUAGUUUCUAAGCGUAGCUAGUAAAAUCUUCGAUGCGAUUUUUUUUAUUUAUUGAAUACGAGUACGUCUCCACGCGGACGGCGAUGUAAAUAUUAACUUGUAGUACGGAUCGGAGUGUUGCCGGACGGUGGGCUCGGUUCGUGUCGCGACUGACCCGGGGGGCGCGGCGGGGACGGACGCGGGUGUAGAUAUUGUAUUUAAAAGUUCGUCUCCAUACUUGACCGCCCUCUACACUGUCACUGUGUGACUUCAAUGAGACCGAACCGAGGUCGUCGACUCUGUUUUUUUUUUCGAUACUAGUUUAAAUUUAUCCUUAACGAGGACCGUUCCUCCAUCCUCUCUGCAUUUAUUACAUUAAUUUAUUGCACAAGGAGCGUGCCAGCAGAGAAGAAUGUUCGAGUUAAAAAGUAAAUUAAAAUUUUAAGUGCACAAUUUGAAAAUAACUAAAGAACAGUAGUAGUAUCGAACAGGAAACUUUAAAUAAAAUUCGGUGAGAAUAUGUUUUAGCAUCGGAAGCGUAUAUUAAACGUUUGAUACGACGCCUCUCGAUAUUUAUCCUAUAAAUUGUACCUCAUUACGAUAGUUGUAACAGUGUCCUUUGACAUAGCCUAUUAAUGUUAAGACUACCCUAUAAGAUGUAUAGUGUGUUUAAUAUGAUAAUAUUGGUGCGUGAGAGUAAAUUUGUACAAAUUAAUUUAAUUAAUCGAUAUUCGGACCGAGGGGCGAGGGGCGGGCGGCGCGGGGGGCGGCCCCGCUGCGUUGUCAUGUUGUUAUUGUUGUUGCAACACUUUUUGUUGAAAGUGUAACGUAGCGGGUCCGUCACUCGCGUGCUUGUCGCCGGAUUCGCGCAACACUUUAUAAUACUCACAUAAAAAAAAAAUGUUCCAUACUGACAAUCGAAAAAAUAGUACUUUGAUUAUUGCUGUUAUAAAAAUGAUAUAGGUACAUUACGAUUAAAUAUCUAUUUAUAAUUAAAUAAACAAAUUCAAUUUACAUACAAAUUAUACCGUGUAGUUUUAAAUAGAUUUUGUGCUGUUGAAAAAAACUUAUAUAAAACUUUAACUGAAACACGCCAAUAUUUUUUUUCCACAUCAAACAUGAGUGUAAAAGUUACUAUAAUUAUUUAAUAUCAUAUAAAAUAGAUAAAACAAAUAAUACAACUUAAAUUGGUUAAAAUGAAAAAAAAAAUGAAUACUUGAACUAACACCAUAUUAUUGUAUUUGGCCUAGAUUAAUAAUUACUAUUAGAUGUUGAUCAUUUAACGAGUAUAUUUUUACAAGAUAAAAAAAAUUUAUGUGUGUAUGAACAGCCAAUUUCUUUGGGAAAAAAAUAUAAAAAUUUUAAUGCUUUGUAUCCAUCUUGAGGACGUCAAGUAUACUUAAAACAGUUUCAUAAGUAUACUUCACACGAAGGACUAAUAAUUGUAUAGUUCUGUAACAAAAUAAAUGACAGAGUGGUUGAUUGAAAAUGAAUGAAAUAGACAACGGUUUUUGUUUUAUUUAAAGUCAU